CACGAUCAGUUAUCAUCCAUCAUUAUCAUAAUCGUCGUAUAAGUUAAUAUAAACUGUGAACUUUGUUCAUUGAAUAAUCAUCAUAAUAAUAAUAAAAAUUAAAUUUCUUUACCUCUUCAUCAUCAUCAUCAUUCUUAAUCAUAAAUGUAUUCAUUCUGGUGUGACAAAAAAAAAAACAAUACGUAAUGGCUAAUCAUAAUACAUUCGAAACAACGAAUGAACCAAUGAAUAAUAAUGGUGAUGAUUUACAAUCAUUUCAAUCAUCUGUUUCAUCAAUGGCUACUAAUCAUGUUAAUGAUAUUCUCAUUACACGAUCAAUAGCCUAUUGUCAAGAUUUCUAUCCUAAUGCAGGUAAAACGAAUCAUCACAAUCAUUCUAGUAAAUCAGAAUAUAUUGAAUCAAUACGAAAAUUUUUUCAUAAACAAAAAUAUCGUUUAAACAUACGUUCAUUGUUGUGUGGAUUCGUACCGAUUCUUAAAUGGCUACCAAAUUAUCGUUGGAAAAAUGACAUUAUACCCGAUGUGAUUUCUGGCACAACCGUUUUGGCAUUGAAUAUUCCACAGGGACUUGCAUAUGGUCAUCUAGCCGGUGUUGGUCCAAUCAAUGGCCUAUACGUAUCAUUAUUUCCAUUAUUAAUGUACGCUAUAUUCGGUACAUCACAUCAUAUUUCUAUUGGUACAUUUUCAGUCAUUUCAAUUGCCUGUAAAGAUGUUAUUGAAGGUAUUCAACUUGAAAACGAAGAAAAUGAUAUACAAGGACAACAACAAUAUGAACCAAUCGAAAUAUUGAUUACAUUAUGUUUACUUGUUGGCAUUAUUCAGCUCAUUCUAGGUAUAUUUCGAUUAGGCAUCCUAUCGAUUAUUUUAUCGGAUACAUUAAUAUCGGCAUUUAUUGUUGGCAGUGCUGUUCAUGUUUUUACCAAUCAAAUUUUCGAUUUUAUCGGUAUUGAAUCAAAACAUGAUGAUGAUUAUCAAAUACCGUUACCUAUGGAUAUAGUUAAUGCAUACAUUUCAUUUUUUAGCCGUAUUCAUCAAACCAACAUUGUCACAAUGUUUGUUUCAAUAAUUUCUGUUGCACUUUUAAUUGGAUGCAAAUAUUUACUCGAACCAUUUAUAAUGAAACGAUUUCGGUUUAAAUCGAUCACUAUUCCUAUUGAUAUUACUUUGGUCAUUAUUAUAACACUAUUAUCAUAUCUGUUUGAUUUUAAUGGCAAUUAUAAUGUAAACAUCAUUCCAAACAUACCAGUUGGAUUUACAGGAAUGCCCAGAAUUCCGGGUACAAAACUAAUGAUAAAAAUGAUACCGAAUGCAUUGUUGAUUUGUUUGAUAUCCUAUUUGAUAACAUUAUCAUUGGGUAAAAUGUAUGGCAAAAAAUAUGGCUACAAAAUAAAUCCCAAUCAAGAAUUGAUAGCAUUAGGUGCAGCCAAUGUUUUUUCAUCAUUCUUUCUUUGUUUUCCAUGCUGUGCAUCAUUAUCACGUUCAGCUGUACAAGAACGUGUUGGUGGCCGUACACAGCUAGUUAGUAUAAUAUCAUCUAUAUUGAUGGUCAUCAUUUUAUCAUUACUUUCAACAUAUCUACGUACAUUGCCCAAAUGUGUACUAUCAGCCAUUAUUACGGUGGCCAUUUUUUCCACAAUAAGACGUAUACGUGAAUUGAAAGAAGCAUGGAAAAUCUCAAAAUUAGAUGGUAUUCUAUGGAUUGUUACAUUCCUAUUCGUCAUAUUGUUUGGCGUUGAUAAUGGCCUUCUUUAUUCGAUUUUAUUCUCCUUUGUCAUAUUGAUUAUUAAAUUAAUCAAACCAACACUGAAAUUGAAAUAUCGUCAAGGUGAAACGGAAAUAUUCUUGGAAAUCCGAAACUCACAAUUUGAUCAUGAACGUGAACGUUUUUUUCAUUGUCUAAAUCGAGAGAAUCGUACGAUUGUUUUAGAAUUUCAAGGUCCAUUAAUGUUCAUUAAUGCAUUGUAUUUUCGUACUCGUUUCUAUUCAAUGAUUGGUCGUUUUGUUGUCGAAUUAUUUGAAAGAGAACAACGCAUUACUGCUGCUAUUGCUUCUGCACAAGAAAAAUUUUCCACAAUCAAUAAUUUAGAAUCAAACAUCAAAUCAACAACGACCACAAAAUUUCAACCAUAUCGAAUAUUAUUGGAUUGUAGUCGUAUGGCUUAUAUUGAUGCAAAAGGUGUUGAAGCUUUAUUGGAAACGAAUGAUUUACUGAAGAAAUAUAAUGGCCAAUUAUCAUUAGCAUCCUGUUCACAAUUGGUUUAUGAAAAUCUGGAGAAAUUUAAAUUUUUCAACAAAUUUAGCCGUUAUGAUUGCUAUAUAUCCGUUAUUGAUGCUAUUGUUAUGUUUCAAAAUAUUGAUAAAUAAUUUAACUCUACAAAUGUUUAAUAAAAGAAAAUAAUAAAUGGAUUUUUAUUUAA